AUUUAUACAAUAUAUUUUUGUUAUCUGUGUUAAAGAAAAUGUAAGUUGUGUUUUGUUGGAAUGGGAGAAGUUUGGUACGCUUCUUUGUGGUGUUUUGUUUCACCCACUACCUGUGAACAUGGUCGGCCUGGCGGGUUGUCUAAGCCGGCCCACCAAUGUACUGUGGGUUGUUGUGUUGGGUGGUCAUCUGUGCUACAGACGGAGAAUGUAGGGACGCCCUGGACCUCGUGUCGGUUGGUGUGUUGGUUGGUCCUCCGUGCUACAGACAGAGUUGUGAGGACGCCCUGGACUGGAUGAUAGUUGGGGUGACAUGUCAGGUGUGCUACGGGGAUUCGAAGAGCGUCAGUGUGGGCCACUGAAGUCGAAACACUUCAAGCAAUAAACACCUGUUACGAUUUGUGGUUUAUUACACAUUUGGAAUCCCCAACAUUUCGACUUCAACCACAAUGGGCUGGCAAGAGGAGAUGGAAUUGUUAAAGAGGAAGAGGGCCAUUGCCAAGGGGAAAUUCACAAGAAAGGUGACCCUGCUGGAUGAGGGUGUACGGGAAGGUGAGCCAGUAUCAGUAUUGAAGAAUAACUAUGAACAGAUUUCUGAGGCCUUUCAACACCUAGAAGACAGUAAUGAUGUGAUAUUAAAAUAUGUGUGUGAUAAUAAAUUAGAAGACAAGUUAGUUAAGGAGGCUGAAGAAUACAUGCUAGAUUGUGAAAGAAUCAUGAAGAAAAGACUAACAGAAAUUAGUAACAUUGAAAACAUACAGAACAGUGUCAAGCCUAAAGUGAAGAUAAAGGCAUUUGAGCCUCCUAAAUUUGAUGGGAAUUUAAGAGAGUACCCUCGUUUUAAGGAGGACUUUAAAAAUUUAGUCAAAAGUGUGUAUGGUGAAGAUGCGUAUGCAUUGAAAAUGUGUCUCAGUGGUGAUGCCCUUCAGACUGUCAGAGGUGCAGAAGGUAAUUAUGAAGAAAUGUUUGAAAGGUUAGAUGACAAGUUUGGAAAUGCAAGAAAGGUGGUGGACUUGGUAAUAAGUGACCUUAGGGCUUUGAAAAGGAUCAAUGAAGGUGAUACCAAAGGAUUUAUAAGGAUGGUGGAUCAGGUGGAACAGUGUUGGCUAGAUUUGAAAAAAUAUAAACUUGAAUGAGGAACUUAAUACUGCUAAUGUAGUCAGUCAUAUUGAGAAGGUGUUGCCCACACUUCAGAAGAGGGAGUGGGUAAUAAAGGCAGAAGAGGUAUCUGCUACUAGUGAUCUCUUUCCCACUUUAUUGAAAUUUCUGCAAAGGGAGAGAAAGGUAUUGGAGUAUAUGAAUUCUAGUGUCAGAUCUACUGGCGGUGAUAGAAGUUCAGUACAUCAUGUAAAUAAUUCAGCUGACAAGGUCAUGGAGUCAGAUCUGGUAAUACUAAUAAAACAGAUGAAGGAAGAGCAACAACUAAAGAAUAAAGAGUUAGAGUCAUGUAUUGUAAAUUUGACGGAGAUGGUGAAAGGUACCCACUUGAAGACUGGAAAUAAUGAGGGAGGAUGCUGGAUUCACAAUUCCAGGAACCAUGAUACUCUUGAUUGUUAUAAAUUUAAGAAUCUCAGCAACAAGGAGAGGUUUGAGUUAGCUAGAAGCAAUGGAAUAUGUUUUAAAUGCUUAAAGGGAUAUCAUCAGGCAUGGAAUUGUGUGAUGUCAGGAUCAGGGGUCAAGGUGUGUGUAACCGUCAUCAUCAUCCACUGGUGCAUUUUGAACAGGAAGAAGGUGCUAGUCAUAAUACAGUAUCUGCAAACACUCUGAACACCUUAUUGAAUAUCAGUACUGUGUACAGUAACACUCAACCUAUAACAGUACUGUGGGAUUCAGGUUCUGACAUAACCUUGGUGACACACAGUAUGGCAGAAAAACUAAGUUUGAAGGGCAAGGAUGUGAAUUUAUCCAUGAUCAAGGUUGGCAAUGUAAUUGAACAUCAUUCUACCAAAGAAUAUUGCAUACCACUGAUUGAUAGGACUGGGCAUGUAUGGGAAAUUAAUGCCAUUGGUAUAGAGGAAAUAUCUGCUAAAAUCAAUGAAUUUGAUGUGUCAGGAGUUAAGGAGUUAUUUGUAGGAGUAUCAAACCAUGAUAUUAAUCGCCCUUGUGGUGAGAUUGACAUGCUGAUUGGGGCCAAUUACAGUGAAUUAUUGCCUAAAGUUGUUCAGACUAAUGAAGGUCUUCAAUUGUUAGAGAAUCCAUUUGGGUUCAGUAUACGUGGCAGACACAGCAAAAUAACAGCCUCAGGGAGCACGACGAACCAUGUGAUUGUGAGAACUCACAAGGUGUCAAGCUCAAUAAGCCUCAAUGAGAUCAAGGUAGAACCUACAGAUAAACUUAAGUCACAAUUAGAUAAAUUCUUUGCUUUAGAGGAGAGUGGGGUGCAGUGUGACACAAGAUGCCUUAAAUGCCUGUGUAAGGGUUGCCCUGUAAGUGACUGUGUCAAUAUUAAGGAAGAAAGGGAACUGAAAUUGAUUGAGGAGGGAUUAGUAUAUCAUGAAGAAGGGAAGUAUUGGACAGCAAGCUAUCCUUGGAUAAGGGACCCGAGACAUCUUAAGAACAGUGUAAAAGUGGCUGUGGCUAGAUUAAAAACUACAGAAAAUAGACUGAAAAAAUUGGAUAUCCAGUAUGCCCAGAGUUAUCACAAUGAAAUCAAGGACAUGGUGAAAAGGGGGGUAGCGAGACAAUUAAGUGAAGAGGUAAUGCAGUCAUACAAUGGCCCAAUUCACUACAUUUCCCAUCAUGAAGUAUUGAAACCAGAUUCUGCUUCAACACCUCUGCGUAUUGUAUUUAACUCAUCUUCAUCAUACAUGGGAAAAAAACUUAAUGAUUUUUGGGCAAAAGGACCAGUUGUUCUUAACAACAUGAUUGGAGUCUUGCUAAGAUUUAGACAGGAAAGGGUUGCCAUAACUGGUGAUAUAUCAAAAAUGUAUCAUUCUGUGAAAAUCAACACACUGGACCAACACACACACCGAUUUCUUUGGAGAGAUUUAAACAGUAACAAACCACCUGAUCACUAUGCCCUGACCUCAGUGACUUUCGGGGAUAGGCCGAGUGGGACCAUAGCUGUGCUAGCAUUAAGGCAUACUAGUGAAAAAUUUGGUAAGGGAGAUCCUGAAGUUUAUAACAUAAUUGUAAACAACACAUAUGUUGAUGAUAUUCUCUAUUCCAUUGAUACGGUAGAAAAGGCUUUUGAUUUGAUACAAAGAGCAGAACAUGUAAUAUCUCAUGGAAACUUUCAUGUGAAGCAUUGGAUAGUAAGUGGGCAACAUGAGAAUCAUAGUAUCAACAUCAUGGAAUCUGACAAUGGAGUAAUUUUAGUGGGUCAAAGAAUAUCAAAAUGGUUAAAGGAAAACUGGAAUCAAGAUCACUUCAUGUUGAUACCAGCUAACCACCCAGUUACUAGACUGUAUGUGUCCAGCUUACAUAGUAGAGAUCAUGCAGGUAUUGAAACCACCUUGGCCAAGUUACAGAGUAAGUUUUGGGUGCCGGGAGCCAGGAAAUUAAUAAAGUCAAUUAAAGAUAAAUGUGUCAUGUAGAAAACUCUCAAAACAAACUGAGAACCAGUGUAUGGGUCAGGUGUUAGAAGAAAGAAUGAAGCCAACUCCACCAUUCUAUCAUACUGCUGUCAAUUUGUUUGGACCAUUCGAUUAAGGACACUGUUAAAAGGAGAACUCAUGGUAAGGUAUAUGGGGUAAUAUUCAACUGCUUAGUUACUAGGGCAGUUUAUGUAGAUUUGGCAAAAGGAUAUAGUGCAAGUGAUUUCAUGGCAACUUAUCAAAGAUUCAUCUCAGUCAGGGGUGCACCCAGAAUACUGUAUUCUGACAGAGGGAGCCAGCUGAUAGCAGCUGGAAAGAAUAUUGAAAGAAUUGGAAAAAAUGAAAGAGUUACUUGGAAAUAUAAUAGACCUAGUGAUGCACUGUGGUACAAUGGUGCCAGUGAAUCCCUUAUCAAAUCAGUGAAAAGAAAUCUUUGUAUUGCAAUUGGGGAUUCAGUAUUAACUUUUGGUGAACUUCAGACAGCCUUAUUUAAUGUAGCCAGUAUGAUGAAUGAAAGACCCAUAGGGGUAAAACCUUGCUUUAAUUUAGAACUUGGUAAUUACCUCUGCCCUAAUGAUCUAUUGCUUGGACGAGCUAGUGUAAAAUGUCCACAGGGAAUAUAUGAAUCAGAUGGAGACCAUAAAAAAAGAUUAGAGUUUAUUCAGAAAAUUGUUGAAUCAUUUUGGAGAAAAUGGCAGAGAGAUUUCUUUCCAACGAUGGUAGUAAGACAAAAAUGGCACACCAAUAGGAGAAAUGUAAGAGUGGGUGAUGUGGUUUUAGUUCAAGAUGCUAAUGCAGUUAUAAGAACCUGGAAAUUAGCUCAAGUAAUAAAGGCAGAUCCAGGUCGUGAUGGUGCUGUAAGAGAUGUAGACUUAAGGUAUAAGAUAGUCAAGGAAGGUAAAGGAUAUGAUGGGGUGACAGACAAAGUCAUGAGUAGGUCAGUGCAUAGGUUAAUAGUGUUAUUACCUAAGGAAGAACAAGAGUGAUGAUGAGCGUGUAGGAUCAUUAUAGAUAUGAUUUAUCUAUGUGUACCAAAGCAUUCUAUGUACUACCUGUGUAUAUUGUAUGUUCACUUUGGUCGGGGUGGAGUGUAUCAUUAAAAUGAUAUGUUAACCA